AUGACUCCAGAUUUUAAGGCUUAUUGGUUGCUCCCUGGAAAGACUCUUGAAGAUGGCCUUAGGGUUAUAUCUACUAGGGCUGACUUUGAAGUGAUGAAAUCAGUUGUGCACAAGGUUAAGAAUUUUAUUAUCUACUUUGAUCAGGGUGACACAAUUGCAGGUGUAGAUUGGGAUGAUGUAGUAGCUAAUCCUAUUAGUGAAUUGCCUAAGGUGCUUAGUCCUAGGAAGAUGUCAACUGCUGAUAGGAAGGUGCCAAACAAACAAGAUGACAGUGACAGUGAUGGUAGCUUAGAAGAUGACCCAGAUUUUGUGGAUAGUGACUAUGAUAUAUCAGAUGCAGAUGAUGACUUGUAUGUUGACAAUGUUGAUGUGGGUGUUGAAGACUUAUCUGACUGCAAGGCAAAGUUUCGGAAGAAAGCUAAGGGCAGUCAGUUGAAGGGGAAAGAAAUAGUAGUUAGAAAUUCUGAUGGGGAGGAAGUUUCCACUGAUGAUGAAGAUUUGCAGCUCCUAGAUUUAGAUGAUGAUGGUGAAGUGAGAUUAAAGUUUAAGGCUUUCAUGGCAGAGGAUGUUAAGAACCCAAUUUUUAAGGUUGGCAUGGUGUUUCCUUCAGUAGAAGUACUUAGAAGGGCCAUAACAGAGUACAGUUUGAAGGCUAGAGUGGACAUCAAGAUACCUAGGAAUGAGCAAAAAAGACUUAGGGCCCACUGUGUUGAGGGUUGCCCAUGGAACUUAUAUGCAUCAUUUGAUAGCAGGUCCAAGUCAAUGAUGGUGAAGACAUAUCUUGGGGAGCAUAAAUGUCAGAAGGAAUGGGUGCUGAAAGGUGUACUGCUAAAUGGCUAUCUGAGAAGUACAUUGAAACUUUUAGAGCAAAUGAUAAGAUGA